AUGAGCGACGAAAAGACCAUUCUGUCAAUUCAAUCCUUUGUCACCCACGGCUAUGUCGGCAACAAGGCCGCCACCUUCCCACUACAGUUGCACGGCUUUGACGUGGAUGGCAUUAACACAGUGAGCCUCUCUAAUCACAGCGGCUACCCGAUUAUCCGUGGCCACCGCAUGGACCUUCAGGAGUACGAAACUAUAAUGGAGGGCAUUCGUGCGAAUAACUUUCUCCCAAGCUAUCGCUACAUCUUGACUGGGUACAUCAACAACGCCGACAUUGUGAGGAAGAUCCGGGACACAGUGGAUGAAGUACGGAAGCUGCGUGAGAAGGAAGGAAAGAAACUGACAUUUAUCUGUGACCCGGUGAUGGGAGAUGAUGGAAUUAUGUACUGCAAGGAGGAGGUAUUGCAGGCGUACAGGGAGCUGCUUACGUUUGCCGACUUCGCAACCCCGAACUACUACGAAGCAAGUCUUUUGAGCGGCAUCGAUGUCACUGACAUGAAGACUGCUCUGCAGGCGGCGGACUGGUUCCAUAAACAGGGCACCAAAGGUGUGGUUAUCAAGUCCUUCCGCACGAAGGAGGACCCUCAGAAACUCCAAUUCCUCUUCUCUACCGUGGCAGCCGGCGGCAACGCACCUCAGCGCUUCACGGGCGUGGUUCCUUACCAUGAGGGACGCUACACUGGCACUGGCGAUGUUUUUGCGGCAUUGCUUUUGGCCUUCUCACACCAGCAGCCAAUGGAGGUGGCAGUAGGGAAAGUGAUGGCUGCCCUGCAGGAACUCAUCUUGGCGACGCGCAAAGAAGGCGGUGAUGGGGCGAGCUCCCUGAUGAGCCGCGAGCUGCGCGUGACGAGGGCGGUCCAAUCGUUACUAAACCCCACCACUGUGGUUGAAGUGAAGCCGAUGUGA